AUGGACGGAGAGGAGAGAGAAAUUAGUGAGUACCAAGUUCUGGUGGAUCGGUGUCGGAGCUUGGAGAAGAAACAGGCCAAGCUAAGGGAGCAGUUUGAUGAACUGAUGCAGGAGAAGAAGCUCAUGGUAAGGGACGAUGAAGAGGUGAUCCAAGAUUCAACCAUGAGUUUUUUCUCCGGUUACUUCUUCACUGGGAGUCCCUAUGCUAGCGUGUUGAAGUGCAUAGGCCACGCCGUUCAUGUCUACAGAGCUUCCUCCGGAGAGAUCAUAUACUGGAAUCACUCAGCGGAAACUCUGUAUGGAUGGAAGGACAACGAAAUCAUUGGACAAAGAGUAGAUAAGUUCCUAAUUAGUGAAGAAUAUUAUGCACCUCUACAAAAUAUUCUGGAAAGAUUGAUCAAAGGAGAACCAUGGUCUGGGCAGUUUCCCUUCAAGAAGAGGUCUGGUGAAGUAUUCAUGGCAAUGGUAACAAAAACUCCACUUUAUGAGGAUGGGGAGCUUGUUGGUAUUAUCACUGUUUCUAGUGACGCAGCUGUAUUUAACUCUAUAGAUUCAGAAAAUCGAAGAACUUAUCAAUCUGGUGCUAAUGGCCAACCUGGAGUACAGAGGUUAAACUUCAAAAGGAUUCAAUGACCUCCACGGCCAUUGAUUGCACCAAUGCCACAUAUUGCAUCCUCUGUUUCGAAUCUGGCAUCAAAGUUUCUCCCACGCCGGCAUACAGAUGACACAGUUUCCAGGAAUACUUCAAAAGAUGCAGAUGAUGAAAAAUUAGAGAAGCUUAGCAUCUAUGAAACAAAACCUCAUUCAAGACAUCAAAAUAAAGAGAAUACAACUGUUGGGGAGGCCUCCGAGAAGGAUGACUCUACUACUGGAUUUGGCCGACCUUCUAAAAUUGCAGCCAGAGUCCUUGCUAAACUUCAAAUUGGGGGAAGUGGAAAAUAUGAGAAGGAUAAUGGAAGUCUUAAUAAUCAUUGCACAACUGAAAAUUCAGGAAGCAAUAGAGUGAAUAAUGAAAAUGAUUCAUCUGGAGGAUCAGUGGCAUUAACUCCACCCCACGAUGUUGCUAAGGAAGUGGAUGAGGAAUUAAAUCUCCGAAAGUGUAAUUCUUUACUUGCUAUGAAGAUAGUAGAUACACAAGUUUGUGCACAAAGAAAUUCCAGUGUUUUCAAACAUAGUUCUGCUAAACCUUUCUCAGGGGAGGGGUAUGAAUGUUUUGGUUCUCCCAUUCCCGAAGACCCUUUGUUAAGAUUACGUUGCCAUUUUGAUCCAAAGAAGUUGGAGCCAGAAGCUACAAAUAUGGUGAUAGAAGAUGAAGUGCAAAAGCAGCAAGAGGGGUUGCAAUUGCCUAUUUCAGGGGAGAGUGUAAGCAGCCAUGAAAGUUCAUCAAGCAAAGGAGAUAAUGAGUCAAACUCUGUUGUAGAAUGUGAAAUCCAUUGGGAAGACCUUCAAUUAGGACAGGAAAUUGGACAAGGUUCUUAUGCUGUUGUUUAUCAUGGAAUUUGGAAUGGAUCGGAUGUUGCCGUCAAGGUUUACUUCGGGAAUGGAUACACAGAGGAGACUUUACAAGACUACAAAAAAGAGAUUGAUAUAAUGAAGAGAUUGAGACACCCUAAUGUAUUGCUUUUCAUGGGGGCAGUAUAUUCGCAGGAAAGGCUUGCCAUUGUGACAGAGUUAUUACCUAGGGGAAGCCUUUUCAAAACUCUUCACAAGAACAAUCAGGGUUUAGACAACAGAAGGCGUCUAAGGAUGGCCCUUGAUGUUGCUAGAGGUAUGAAUUAUCUUCAUCACAGAAAUCCCCCAAUUGUGCAUAGAGACCUUAAGUCUUCUAACCUGCUUGUUGAUAAAAACUGGACUGUGAAGGUUGGAGACUUUGGCCUGUCAAGGUUGAAGGAUGCAACUUUAUUGACUACAAAAUCUGGAAGAGGCACCCCUCAAUGGAUGGCCCCUGAAAUCCUUCGAAGUGAACCUUCCAAUGAGAAGUCUGAUGUGUUCAGUUUUGGUGUCAUCCUCUGGGAACUAAUGACUCAAUCUAUUCCAUGGAAAAAUUUGAAUUUCUUUCAGGUUGUUGGAGUCGUAGGCUUUAUGGAUAGAAGACUGGACCUGCCGGAGGGGCUUGAUCCCCUUGUAGCAUCAAUCAUCGAUGACUGCUGGCGAAGUGAUCCAGAACAACGCCCAUCGUUUGAAGAGUUAAUACAGAGAAUGAUGUUCCUUGUCAACAGAUUUUCAAUUAGGAGAAUUUCAGAAUCCUAAACUUGUUUUGUGGUUUAUGUUAAACGUCCAGUUGC